AUGUUUGUUCCGCCCACGGUAGAGUCUGAGUUCGCGACUGAUCCGCCUGUUAUCUGUUACAGUUACAACUCCGCGACAUAUUUUGCGAUGGGGCCAUCGGACUACCGCAUCGUCUUGGUUUCUGUUAACGGGACGUUGCAAAUCGAUCGAACGCCCUCCAGUGAUGCUGCUGAUCAGGCUUGUUCAAGGGCGCCUUUUGACAUGGAUUUAUCCAACUUCACCAUCUCCAGCUGGGAGGGCAGAUUACAGAAUCUCUCCAAGGAAGAGUGCCUGGACCAGUUUGCGCAGAACUAUGUCUACGGUCACAAAUUUCUUUUCCUCGCUACCAACGCUACUCUUCCCGAUGACCAACUCUUCCCGAUGACUAACGCUUGCUCUACUCCUUCUGAGACCGAGUGUUCUGAAGAUCAUGUCAAGGAUAACCUUGAGUCCUGGCUUCUCUUAGGUGAUGCCUUGUCAAUCCCUGUCCUUCAGCUAUCUAUCCCAGACAUGGAGUAUUCAGGAGGAACCUUUACCACAGAAUCCCUGGGGGUGCGUAAUUCCCGGUACUUACCAGAUUAUCAGCGUCUUUACGAUAUCCUGCGAUAUGACCGACCUGAAGAGAGGGCGUUGAGAGCUGAUCUGGACAACGCAACUCUCUGGGAAAACAGUUCCUGGGCGAAAGACGUGGAGAUUCUCGGCGGCCACACCCAAUGGUGCAGGGAACCGGUCGAUGAGCUAUAUUUUCCGAUUCAAUACUGCUUAAGCCUACCAGACGAGCAGAGGUGCCAGCUGGGUUUCACUCCACCCACCUGUCUCAUUGUCAUUACUUGCAACAUCAUCAAGCUAGUCUGCAUGUUUCUAGCACGCCGUGACGACAGAGACGACCCGCUCCUUACGGUCGGAGAUGCUAUAUCGUCGUUCCUCACUCGCCCAGACCCUACCACCAAGGACGCUGGCUUGCUCUCUGUCACCCGUAUUAGGAAUAACGCGUUUGACUGGCAUGAAAGCUACGUACAAUGCUGUUAUUGUCAUCUCUGUGAGAUGAGGAAACAAAGCCAUCAACAAAACAAGCAACUCCCAAAGCCAGGAAGAUGGUCGGAUGCCCCCAGCAAACACCUCUGGACAAACAUGCUGUUGGUGUCUGCAAUUUUGCUUGGUACGACCGGGGGUAUGCUGGCCCUCGGCGUUGUGAGUAUACACCAGUAUUAUAGCACAACGAGUAUCUGGGACUACGGGCUGGGAGAGGUCAAUCCGGCCACCCUGAUCACCGGUCUGGGCCUCGAAGACGAAGGCGCCAUGAUCGCUAUCAUCCUCUUGUCCAACACCCCGCAACUUCUGAUUUCACUCACGUACUUCAUGUACAACAACAUAUUAUCCAGUAUGCUCCUGGCCGCUGAGUACGACGACUAUGCAGCAGAGCGGAAACCCCUUCGAGUGUCCUGGCCCAGAGGCGCCCAGCGCUCCACGUACUACUUGAGUCUACCCUACCGCUACAGCGUCCCAUUACAGGUUUCCUCGGCACUCUUACACUGGCUCGUCUCGCAAAGCCUUUUCUUCGUUCGAAUUGUCUCCUACAAUAGCCGCGGAGAACCAUAUUCCUCUGAAGAUACCAUCACCUGUGGUUACUCGCCCCAAGCGAUCAUCUACGCGAUGAUCCUGGGCGGCGUCUUGGUCGGAGCCGCGCUUGUUCUUGGCUUGCGUCGCUUCAAAUCACGCAUGCUGCUUGCUGCGUACUGUAGUGCUGCUAUCAGUGCGGCGUGUCACCCAUGCGUAGAGGGUGAUCAUGCACUGAGACCUGUUCAGUGGGGUGAGAUCGUGGUCGAUUCCUCUCCUCCCCAGCACGAGGAUGAGCAAGCAUCUGCAUCCGAGAGGGAGCGUAGCGAAGGCGACCCAUUGACAGGUGAAGAAGGAGAUACGGUAGCAACGGACAGUGGUUCCUAUCCGGCGAACGAGAAUGAGCGAGGAUCUGCAUCUGAGGUGGACUCUGGGGAUAGUGAUCCAUUGACAGGAGAAGCGGGAGAUACGCCAACAAACCAGAAUGGCUCGGAUUCGGAUUCAGGGAACAUCAGAUACUUCCAUUGCAGCUUCACCUCGGCGGAGGUAGUGGUACCCGAUGCCUCGAGACAGUACAUCUAA